GCCUUUGGUUUAUCCCGCCAGAAGAGAAAUUACGGCAGCCCCGAGUGGUUACUGGCAAAAUAUUUGCAGACGCGUUUUUUUCUGGUAGUUAAUUGAAUUCAUUAAAAAUCAUGUAGUUGGGCGGACUUGCUCCUAAACUCUGUCUGGAGCAGCGAGUGCAUCUUGCUCGUCUUUUCACCCCUGCUUCGAAGUAUUCCUUCCCUGCCACCCACAAGUUACUAGCUUUCAUCGGUGGCUCGGUCUGAGUGAAAAAGAGCUGGGAAGAGCCUUAACCGAUCUGUUCUGAGGAUCAAGAUUCAUUUGGGGGAUGGUUACAGAAUUGAACCAUGGAUUUCUCUCUGAUCAAGCAGACAGUUCAGGAUACAGAGUCCAAGGAUGAAUGUUCAGCGUGGCAGUGACGGUGACAGGUUAUUGCGGCAGGAGGCAAGCUGCCCAGUGGAUGAUACCUCAACUGCAGCCCAAGAAAAAGAAACAAAUAACUUGACUUCAUCUGGUCUUCAUAUUCUUACUUAUCCCAUAGGUCCAAGGAAUGAAGACCUUUCUCUUGACCAUGCCUCUCAGCCAGCAAGUCUUCUGUUCCCUCACAUAAUGCCACUUCCUGAAGACAUCAAAGGCUCUUGCUUCCAAAGCGGGAAUAAACGGAACCAUGAACCCUUUACUGCUCCAGAAAGAUUUGGAAACAGCAGUGUGGGCUUUGGCAGUAACCCCCAUUCCCAAGCGCCAGAGAAAGUGACGCUUCUUGUAGAUGGCACACGUUUUGUUGUGAAUCCACAAAUUUUCACUGCUCAUCCGGAUACCAUGUUGGGAAGGAUGUUUGGACCAGGAAGAGAAUAUAACUUCACACGGCCCAAUGAGAAGGGAGAGUAUGAGAUUGCCGAAGGAAUCAGUGCAACUGUAUUUCGCACAGUGCUGGAUUAUUACAAAACUGGUAUCAUCAAUUGUCCUGAUGGCAUCUCUAUCCCAGACCUUAGAGAUACUUGCGAUUAUCUCUGCAUUAACUUUGACUUCAACACUAUCCGAUGUCAAGAUCUGAGUGCUUUACUGCAUGAACUGUCUAAUGAUGGUGCUCACAAACAGUUUGAUCACUACCUCGAAGAACUGAUCCUGCCCAUCAUGGUGGGCUGUGCCAAGAAAGGGGAGAGAGAGUGCCACAUUGUUGUGCUGACAGAUGAGGAUUCUGUGGACUGGGAUGAAGACCACCCCCCACCCAUGGGAGAGGAAUAUUCCCAAAUUCUUUAUAGCUCCAAGCUCUAUAGAUUCUUCAAAUAUAUUGAGAAUCGGGAUGUUGCAAAAACAGUGUUAAAGGAACGGGGCCUGAAAAACAUCCGCAUUGGAAUUGAAGGUUACCCUACCUGUAAAGAAAAAAUUAAGAGAAGACCUGGCGGCCGGUCUGAAGUCAUCUAUAAUUAUGUGCAACGUCCCUUUAUCCAAAUGUCAUGGGAAAAGGAAGAAGGAAAGAGUCGCCAUGUGGAUUUCCAAUGUGUUCGAAGCAAAUCCCUCACUAACCUGGUAGCUGCUGGAGAGGAUGUCUUGGAGGACCAGGAGAUACUAAUGCACCACCCGCCCCAGGUGGAUGAACUUGACCGGCUAAAUGCCCCACUUUCUCAGAUGGCUUCUAACGACUUUCAGGAUUAGGGCCAGCUGUGAGUCCACCCUUUGUCAGAGCUUUUCUCUGUCUGGGAUGCCUGCAGCUAGUCCUUCCCAUUCUCCUUAUGGUUUGUCUCACCUUGAGGAGGGGACAUGCUUUUCCCCUAUCCUUUUCCUUUCUCCAAUAAUGAAUGUGCUCUUUUCAGUUAAGUCCAUGCCUCUGGCAAAGGAUGAAGCAGUACUCACUGGUAGUUUAAGUAUAAGCUUUGCAGCAGCCCUGGUAACUUGAAAAUUUUGAGUCUGGUGCUGUUCACUGAGUCUUUGCAUAACUGCAAAUGCAGGAAGGGAAGUCAAGACUCCUGUUGCCUCAUAUUUAGCAAAGCAGCCUUCAUCCUUUAUACUCUGUUCUUGGUUUCUGUUUGUUUUGUUUCGUACCAGGCAGAUUGCUUAGUAGCAAAGGGACCAAACUUAAAAGGAGACAAUCUCCAUCUUCUAAAAGCAGGCACUAAUGGGAUGCUCAUUAGAGGUUAAUGAAAAUGCCAUUCCUGGUGGCCUCUACAGCCAGAUUGCAUAUGGGAAGAACUAGGCUUUCACUCAAAAUGUCCAGUUUUUAAGACCUUAAAUUCAGUUUUGCUUCUCAUUAAUGCAGAGAACAAUCCAAACCCACACAGACAGAUUCCUUGGCAGGAAAGAUAAUGGUAUAACAAUAACACCUGUUCAGUUUCAAGGUUUUUGAGCCUAAACAAAUUAAUGAUUCAUACUGAAUGAAAUUCACAACUCAAGUAGAAAAACCUCUCCAAAUCAGGCCAGUUGGAUCAUUCUGGCUUGGGGUCUGGUGUGAAGCCAUAGGUCUUGAGACCCCGGAGCAGCACAUUGCUGUGGGUGUGGCUGAGAGACCUUAGAUAGGGAUUAAAGGCUUUCAAGAUGAGGGCAAAAUUUCUCCCAAAUGCUCAGUAUCUCAAUAGAAAGAUUUAUAAGAGCUGCAGGGAGAGGGCAUUUGCGGUGAAGUUGGGUGGGAAACAUCACCUGUGCAGACUUGGUCUUGUUGCAGCAUUUAUCCUUGUACUUUUGAUACCAUGGAAUUUUUCUGGAUAUCAGUGUAUUUCAGCAGCCUAUUAGCUGCUCACACACUGGGUAAGGAAAUGAUACUGUCAUCCCCAAAGGAAGGGCAAGUUGAAGGGAAAAUAGGUCUAGUCACUUUGUUUGAUGUCAGCUGUUAACAGUGCAUGGUGGAUGACAACAAAGAGUUCACUCGCCCCAGCCCCCACAGUACUGAACCACCUUCCUGACAUCUCCAUAGCUAUUAACAGCAAAGUUAAAUUUAGAAUCCAGAGCCAGACAUAAGUGUUUUGGGAUUAUCUCACACUCUGUGGAAGAAGUUGACCUUCCGGUCACCUACCCAGGGCAUUUACUCGUCAUAAAUUGUGAAGAGGCAUAUGGUUUCCUUUAAGAAAAGGAAAGUUUUUUAAGAAUAUGGCUGGUUUUCUUCAAUUCCAUUCCUAUAAGAUACUAUAGGCUAAGCUACUUGAUUCCAUUUUAUGAAUAAAUGCCCUAGUCAUAGUCCUCCAAAGAUAAAGUCAGGUGUUGAAAGCUCCUCUUUCCAGGCUUGAAAAACAAAAGUGUUCUUAAGAAGUGUAUUCUCUGUGCAUGUGACCAGCAUCACAGUGAAAAUCAAUGGUUUGUUCCUUACUCAGAAAAACUAGUAGUGAGGGUUUAAACUGAGCCACCCCUCGCUCCCCAGAGUUAUCUGAUAACCACUGGCAUCCAUUUGCAAGGCUGAUGGCCAGGGUUAGGGUUAAGGUUAAGGGUGAGGUUAUUUGUAUCCAGAAGGUAAUUUUGUUUCUGUGAAACUAAUUGGCUCAUACUUGAGGUCAGGUUUGGCUUUGAUCUUACCAGUACCGUAUAUGUACACACUAGCAGUUGACUAGCCCAAAUACUUGUUUAAUGGUGCUUCCUUUAUGGUUCUCAGUGGACUUCCAAGCCAUUACAAAGGAAAUUUGAAUUAUCUAAUGUUUAUGUAUCCUAUGAGGAUGUAUAACUUCUCCUAUUAUACAGCUUAUGUAUUGUUAACAUUUCAGUGUAAACACACCACAGAUAAUACUUUAAAACGAGUUCUUGCUUAGAAAAAGACAAGUAUAAAGGUAUGGCAUGUACUUGAUACUUUGUUUUACAUAAUUGAUUAAUUUCCUCAGGCUUUCAAGAACUAGGUCUUUUCCCCCUCCAAUUUGGGCUAACAUGCUCUUGGCCCCAACCCAUGGGGUUUGAGUAAGCUGGAAAUCUGUGACAGUGAAUCUGCUAGUGUCACUGGGUAGUGAUGACUGAAGAAAAAGCUGGGACCACAGGUUCCUUCUGGUGGAGAGGGAGAUUUCUUCUGUAAGAAGAACCUGGAGUUCAGCGUCACUGUAAUUGGUGGCUGUCCUCAGCCACGCCUGUUCUAUUCCCAGGGUCAGAACAUUCCACAAUGGUAGGACCUCUCAGUCCUUGGAGGAACAAGGGCUGGGCUGUGAUUAUCCCCUCUGGAGUCAGUUACUGGCCUGAUGGGCAAGAGGCAUUUCUCUAAUAAAACAAGGUGGAACUUUGGGUUUGGUGUUUUUUUCCAAGUGCCUAAAUAAGUAAGCCAGGUUGUUUAUACAGAAAAUGUUUUACUAAUGAAAAUGUUUUUACCAAAGUAUCUUACUCAGCAUCUCAGCAAGCCAAGAUGAACGUGAAUUUGAGGUUUAGAAUCUUGAGUUUGUGUCUCCAUCAUAUGUACCGUUAGUUGAUUGGGAAACAUUUGCCAUUGAGGGGUCAGAGAGAGGGCAAGGAGACAGUGUUAAAAUGUAUAAGGUUAGAUGAUUUAAUGGUUUCUCCAAAGUGGAGGAAAGGUAUUGAAAGAAUGACAGCAAAAAGGGUAAGGAAGAUAGAAAGCUCAAUUUACUGCAUAAUAUACAAUAGCCAAAUUACUCUCAAGAGAACAGUAUGAUAUCUAAUGUUAACAGGUCUAUGAAAAUACUGCAGAAUAAUCCCAGAAAGGAUAGAUGUAUUUGCAAAUAGUGUUCCAAAAGAUCCUUCUUUAAGUAAAACAAAUAUUCAGAGUACAGGCUUUAACUCAAACUCUGUCAUAAAGUGUGAUAUGGAGUCUUUUUUUAAUCAACUGUCAAUUGAAAAAAUCAAGGGUUUUUAGUAAUUUAUUCAAUGCCACUUCUUGCCAUCAUUUUGAAAUUGUUAAAAUGGGCAUAGCUCAGAAAGCAAACCUGAUGACUUCAUGAGAGGAGGAGCCACAUUUGUGUUCUGGGUGGGAUCACCUUUGCCAGGAGAACAUUACAUUAUCUCUAUAAAAGGCAAAAUGCUUGUAGGUUUUGCCUCUUUACUUUGUAUUUGAAGUUGCACUUGUUCACCUAUCAGUGUUUAUGAAAUCCUAUACUUGGGAUGCUUUUUCUAUAAUAAAAUAUUAUCCUUUGUG